AUGCCCAGCACAGGGCCUGCCAUUAACCGGGAGUGUCAACCCCGCCGCGUGUGGCUGCCGGCCUGUGAGUGGGAGGACGAGGGCCAGGCGAGCAUGGGGGCCGUGCCCUCCAUGGGCAGCUUUUACCAGCCCGUGAGCGAGUGUGAAGUGGAGGAGGACCUGAAUAUUGGGGCCUGGGCGCAGGGGUCGGCCACCGGCCACCAGGGCAGCGGCGAGUCCUCAGAGGGGCCUGCGAGCACCUUCGACUCAGACGUGCCCCACGUCGUCCCCUGCAAGUUCAUCAUCUCUCUGGCCUUCCCAGUGACCGCGGGUCAUAAAGGAAAGUGUUCAAGUUUGGUUGAAAAAUAUAGGAGACACCCUAAAAUGGACAAACCUAUUGCAAAGGUUCGCCAUUACUACCACAUUGAGUACUUCCUCCUGCCUGAUGAUGGGGAGCCUAAAAAGGUCGAUGUGGUGGUGUUUCCAGCCUUGGCCAAAGUGUUCCUGGAUUCAGGAAUAAAGACCGUCAGGCCAUGGCAAGAAGGGGACAAGGUCUGGGUGUCGUGGACCCAAAGUUUUAACAUCAACAUGACAAAGGAGUUACUAAAGAAAAUAAAUUUUCACAAAAUCACCUUGAGGCUCUGGAACACCAAGGACAAGGUUUCGAAAAAAGCCAAGCAUUAUCGAUUAAAACCUUCCGGGUUUCUGGAAGAUGCAGGAUCUUUUGAGGAGGUGAAACAUUCGGUUUUAAGUCAGAGAAGAUCGUCUGAAAAGGGCAUUCAUGUCAAAGAGAAGCUGCAUCAGGACCGCACACCAGGGAAGCCAGAAAAAGCAAGAAAAUGCUUAAGGUCUGGACAUGAAAAGGCAACUCUUCCCAAGACCACCGAGGACGAUGAAGAGCUGCUCAGGACGGAAGAUCUUGACACAGUACAAUGUGGUACUUCAAGACCAGUUAUUUCUUUGGGAGGGGCAACCACGGCGGAGAUGGAGGAGUUAAUUGAGAGGCCGUCAUUUAGCAGCUUAACAAACUUGUUGGAAAAGCAAACAUUUCAAAUUAAACGGAAACAAUCAGACGCGAGGAGGAAAAGCCAGAGGAGGAGGGAGAAAUCUCACGUGGAGACAGACUCCAGGCUGGCAGGCCACGGGAAGCAGGGCACGUUCGCCAUGCAGCUGGCGGUGAUGCCGCUCCUCGCAGCCACUCCCGCCAAGUGGGCGUGUCUCCGCUACACAGAGCUGGAAACGUAG